AUGCAUUACCACAAGAACAGCACUUUCAAACAAUUGAUAGAUCACAACAACCCUAGUCUCGGGACUUUUGAUCAAUUUUACUACUACGACACGACGUACUGGAGGGGCCCUGGCUCGCCAGUGAUCUUUUUCUCGCCUGGAGAAGUUAAUGUCUCUAUGUACUACAGCUUUUUAACCAAAAGUGGCUCUCCGGGAGUCCUGGCUGAGCAGAUUGGAGCAGCUACCAUUCUUCUCGAACACCGGUACUGGGGUACUAGCACACCUUUUUCCAAUCUCAGCACCGAAAAUAUGAAGUACCUUACUUUUGAGAACAGCAUGAAGGAUGUAACGUAUUUCGCACGUGAAGUUCAACUGCCUUUUGCUACCCAUGAGAACGCUAGCAGCAACGCUAAAGAUGUUCCAUGGAUAGGUAUAGGCGGCAGCUACUUUGGUGCACUGUUAGCAUGGAUUGCAAACCUCGACCCAGGCACUAUAUGGGCCUACUACGCCUCAAGUGCAUCAGUUCAAGCUGUUGACGACUAUUCGGCCUACUUCCUCCCUACACAAGAGGGCAUGCCGAAGAACUGUAGUAAAGACAUCUCUCUUGUUAUCGACCACAUGGAUAGCAUCCUGACCACUGGCUCUCGGGACGAGCAAUACGCACUCAAGGCUAGGUUUAGCAUGCAAGAUGUCGCUCAUAAUGACGACUUCAUGGCUGCUCUGGCGCAUGGGCCUUAUCUCUGGCUGGGUAAUCAGUUUUCCUACAACACAGGCUUCUUCACUUUUUGCGACUACAUUGAAAACGCCGUAAACGCCACCCCCACCAACCUUCCAUCCGAAGCUGGUGUUGGUCUCGACAAAGCGCUCGAAGGAUACGCGAAAUGGUGGAAAGAGACCAGACUCCCGAAUCACUGCGCCUCAUAUGAGUACCCUGAUUUCAACACUACGGACAAUACUGGUUGCUUCAACACCUACAACGCGAGCUCCCCGCUCUUCACUGAUACGACACUGGGCAAUGCCAUGAGCCGUCAAUGGGUCUGGAUGACCUGCAACGAACCUUUUGGAAACUGGAAAGUUGGCGCUCCCACAGGACGUCCGUCGCUCAUUUCCCGCCUUAUAACAACGGACUACUGGGUCCGCCAAUGCGGACUAUACUUCCCUCCUGGACCGAAUGGCGAAACAUACGGCAUCUCAGCAGGGAGAACCGCAGAGCAAGUUAAUGCGUACUUGGGAGGUUGGAACAUCACCAAUACAAGCCGACUCAUCUAUGUAAAUGGCGAGUACGACCCAUGGCGAGAAAUCAGCGUUUCAGCGAAAGGGAGGCCUGGAGGUCCGCUGCAGAGCACUGAGCAGGUUCCUGUCGAGGUCGUUCCUGGUGGUGGUCAUGUGACUGAUUUAAGCACUAAGAAUGGGAAAGUGAAUGCUGGGGUGAAAGAGGUGCAGGACCGAGUACUGAAGCAAUUGGUCGAUUGGGUCAAAGAAUGGCCUGAGGAGAAUUGA